UAGAUAUGGGUAGAGUGGCAGUUGCUGUGAUUGUGAGCUUGUGGGUCAUUCCCAUUUCAAUUCUCGUAAAUCGCAUUGUUCCUGACCCUUACAUGGAUGAAAUAUUUCAUGUUCCCCAGGCUCAGCAGUACUGCAAAGGCAAUUUCAAGAGUUGGGAUCCCAUGAUCACAACUCCUCCUGGCCUGUACUAUCUUUCACUUGCCCCUGUUGCUUCUUUGUUUCCAGCCAUGUUCUUUAUACAAGCAGUGUCAUCAUUUUUUGAAGUUUGCUCCACUUCGGUUCUUCGCUCUGUAAAUGGUGUGUUGGCAGUAUUAUGCAGCAUUAUCAUAUAUGAGAUAAUAAUUCAUUUGAGACCAAUUCUUGAUGGUAGAAAAGCAACUCUUCGUGCUGUGGUCCUAGCGUUGUACCCUCUCCACUGGUUCUUCACUUUUCUUUACUAUACAGAUGUUGCAUCACUUACUGCAGUACUUGCUAUGUACCUUGCAUGUUUGAAGAAGAAAUAUCAGCUUAGUGCAUUGCUUGGCACAUUCGCAGUUGUCAUUAGACAAACAAAUAUUAUAUGGAUGGUUUUUAUUGCAUGUACUGGGGUCAUAAAUAUUACUCUAGCACAUAGAAGAAGUGUUGAGAAAGUGGACGAGUCUCAUGAGUCAGUCAGGAAAAAUGGUCAUUUAACUCCCAGCAGUAGUGCCACUGUUGCUUCCAACUUGAGAAAAAGAAAGUCCAAGGGCAUUGUGGACGAGGAUGAUAAAUCUAGGCUCAGUACUAGUAUCUAUUCAGCAACUCAAACAUCAGGGCUCCUUGAUGAGAUUCACGAUAUACUUUUGACUGCAUGGCAUAUGAAGUGGGAUAUUUUGUGCUCAUUCAGCCCCUUCUUUUUGGCAUUGGUGGCCUUUUUCACUUUUGUCUAUUGGAAUGGAAGUGUAGUUCUUGGCGCAAAAGAAGCUCAUGCAGUUUCUCCACAUUUUGCGCAGAUAAUGUAUUUUAGUUUGGUUUCCACUCUGGCUGUGGCUCCUGUACACCUCACUAUGGGUCCAGCUAAAAGGUUGCUUUGGUCAUUCUGGAAGAACAAACUCCUUAGUUUCUUUCAAGUGCUUGUCGCCUUUAUUACCAGCUUCCUUUCUGUGCAUUUUUUUAGCAUUACUCAUCCCUAUCUUCUUUCUGACAAUCGGCAUUACCCCUUUUAUCUCUGGAGGAAGGUCAUAAAAGCUCAUUGGUCAAUGAAGUAUCUUCUAGUUCCUCUUUAUGUUUAUUCCUGGUUCUCAAUUUUCAGUAUACUGGAGAAAACUCAAAGGAAGAUCUGGGUGUUGGCAUAUUUCUUGGCUACAGCUGCAGUUCUUGUUCCCGCUCCUCUAAUCGAGUUCAGAUACUACGCAAUACCCCUCUAUUUUAUGAUUUUUCAUUCCGAUAUUAACAAUGAUCUACAUUGGCUUCUGAUGGGGGUUCUUUAUAUAGUCCUUAAUAUCUUCACCAUGAUGAUGUUCUUGUUCCGACCCUUCCAUUGGGACCAUGAACCUGGGAUCCAGAGAUUUAUAUGGUAGAUAGGGAAAUGAAAAUAGGCUUAGAAAAGGUCCAUUGAUUAUGAAAGAUAAUUUUGAAUUUCUUUACCAGGCUCAGAUAUUGCCCUGACCAUAUUUUAGUUUUCAAAUUGAAAUAACAGAAAAUCUCACCUUCAUUGUAUCAUGGAAGUUAUAUACGGACACCUUUUGAUU